AUGAAAUUUUUAGAUCCAGAUCCGAAUUAUUUUGGAGAGCGUCUACCUAAUGGAUCAUAUAACGGCGCGAUUGGUUCGAUAUUGGAUCACUCUGUAGACAUCUGUUUCACCGGCUUCUUUAUAAAGGAUUACCUGACACGUGAUAUCGAAUUUUCUGUGGCCAUGUAUGGUGAUCAAUUGUGUAUAUAUACACGUAAAGCGGAACGUGUACCCGACUACUUACUACCGCUAUUUGCAAUACAACUAAAUGUGUGGAUAAGUUUUAUUGGUAUUGGAUUUUUGGCAUCGAUUGUUUGGAUCUCACUACGAAUUGCAACAAUUUAUUUAAACAUAUACAAAUUGCAAGUUUUAAAAAGGGAUUUACAACGUCCCCUCAUUUGGCAAUAUUUGGCGAUUUUAAAAGAUUCCUGGGUCGUUUGGGUACGUCAAUGUGUAAAUUAUUAUCCCGCAUUUGAAUCGGAAAAAGUUUGGCUAAUAUCAUUGUGUUCGGUUAGCAUGGUAUUUGGUGCGAUAAUUGAAUCAAGUUUGGCUUCCAGUCACAUUGAACCGCUGUACUAUCAGGAUAUACAAACGCUAGCGGGACUUGAUAAAUCCGGGUUGGAAAUACUCUAUCGUCAUCCCUCCAUGAAAGACGAUUUAUUUGUGAGUGAUGAAGAAUCAUCACAACUGUAUGCUAGUCUGAAUAAUAAAACCCGCUAUAUGCCGAAUCGUCAAUAUAACAUAUUGGAAGAAAUUGCCAAAUAUGGACGGUCGGCAGGUGUCAACCGUUAUAACAAUUUAAUGUUGGAGUCAUUGGAUCUGCUGGUAAAGAAACGUAUAUGGAUAAUACCCGAAUUUCCUAAAAAUUAUGGUAUCGCUUAUGUUUGGUUGCGAGAUGCCCCAUGGGAUAAUGUUGUCAACGCAUGGCUAUUGAAAUUUCAACAAUCGGGUAUUAUAUCGAAAUUUGAACGUGAUAUGAAAAUUGAAUCGGAAUUAGAUGUAAUGAGAAAACAUUUAUAUGACUCGGUUAUGGGAUUUCGAAUUUUAACAAUACGCGAUUUUCAAUUGGCUUUUUAUGUCUUAAUUAUUGGUAAUAUUUUUGCUUUCGUGUUGUGUUUUAUGGAACGUUUGAUAUUUGUGCUGAAAUGUAAAUCGAGAAAUUCUACGAAAAUAAAUCGAGAUUUACAAUAUUUGAAUUAA